CAAACAGUGCAGUAUUAAACAGGAAUUAAAAGGAACAUGAUAUAUUUUGAUGUAAAAUGGUUUUUUGUAGUGUUAGAUGUGGUUUUUAUUAUUUUCCUGUGCGGCGAACACGCCAAUUGCAUGGAACCGAUAAAAUGUAGUAAAGAUGAUCGUUCCUCGAAAGUAGCAUCUGUGGUGUUGAAACACUGUUGCGUCGGUGAGUACUUUACAAUGAAACGUCAAAGGAAUAUAAAUUACAAUAUUUUUUAGGUAUAGUUUUAUCGAGUUUUCCUUGAUAAUAGAAACUAUUGUACUGUAUACGUCUAUUAUACAUUUAUAUAUGUGCAGGUGUCCUACGAAUAUAUAUCCAUUGCAAUAUCUCUGAAAGAAUUAACUUUUUUCGUAAUUUUUUUUUUUCUAUGACAGUUUUAGAAACUGAAAUUUUUGAAAUGUUACAUUGCCAUUAUAUUUUGUCACUUUUAUUUUUGGGUGUAAAACGACUACCUAUUUUUAAUUUGCAAAAACCAACCUAUAUUAAAAAUCCCAUAAAUAGAUAGAAUAGAACACAUUUUUGAUUUCCUUCAACCAGUUGACCAGAUAUUCCAAUUUUAAUAGUUUGAGUAGAGAAUGAGAACCGGUUAUUCCGAUAUUUUCGGUAAAAUCAGAAAAAGAUGAAAUAUGAAAAUUGUUAAAUUUACGACAUUAUGAUUCCUUUAUUUUAGGUUUUACGGUUUAUGUUUUCUACUAGAAAUAUUGAUCUAUAGAAAAAUAACAAGAGACCUUUUUUGUUGAAAUUUUAAUGAGUAUUUUAUUUUAUUUUCCGUGUAGUUUUUUUUUUUUAAUUACUAAACAAAAUUGAAAAACAACGUAAAAUGGCGACUUUUUUUACGUAAUUUUUACUCAGUAGGUUCAUUAUAAGUUGUAUUUAAUGGUCAAAAAAAAGUUUAGUGUAAUGUGGCAUUUUUUUUUUAUAUAAAAAUUUUAACGAAAAUAUAACGGCCUUUCAAAUCGAACUUCGUUCCGAAUCGUUUUUCGUUUGUAAUGGUUUAUCGUUACUUACAGGUGUAAAUUAAAUAACUAUGUAUCUUACAUUCUCAAACCUCCCACUUAUAUCAGUGGCACAUCCGUCCCAGUAUUAACUCUUUUUAAAUUUUUUUUUUUUAUGUUUGUAAACAACUUUUUUAAUAGAAAUCUUGCUUUAAUCGAUUUAAUCAAAAAAUAACAUUAGAUAUUUUUGUAGAAUUUUAGGUUUAGUUGGUGCAUUGGAGUAUUUUGGUCCGACUUGUCGACAUCUGAUUAGUUGACUAUACGUUUUACCGACGCGUAAACUGAUAUCUGUAACAAUUAAAAAAGUUCCAAUUUGCUGACAGACCACAGACGUGGUUUCUUAAAAUACAAAUACAGUUUUUAUAUGGUAAUCUAGAAUAUUACAGUAUACUAUCAAAAUGUAUAACACAACUUAUAAUGAAAAGAUUAAGCAUUCUGUUUGGUCAAUCAAUUAUAUCCACAUGUUGCCUACCAAAUAAAAACUACAUAAAAAAACUAGUUAACAUAAAAUACAUAUGAAUAUCUUUAUUUAACUUUAACUAACAUUUAUUUUGCCAUGUUUUAAAAAGGAAAAUAUGUUUUUUGUGAAAACUUCAAGUCUUUACGAAUACUUUUAACCGAAUUACAACGAAAAAAAAAUGAAAAAAAUGAAACCAUAAUUUCUGUAAAGUCUUGUUUUUUUUACUUUUUUCCCCAGUUUUUCCCAAAUAGUAUGCAAACUGCUUAGAGAAUCGAAAAAAAGAAGAUUAACCAACUAACCAACUACAUUAAAAAUGCAAUUAAAAGAUGUUUUAUCGAUUUUUUUUUGGAGCAAUAUUUCUGGUAGAAAAUAUAAUGCGUACAAAUUAAUAAUAAUGAAAUCGAUAACGCUACGGUGCACCCUAAAUAUUUGUACGUUUUUCCUAUACCUACGUUUUUUCCAAUUAUUUUUAAAAUAUUUUAUUUUAUUUAGAAAAUCAAAGUGAUCUCAAUGUUAAUUUAGCAACUAGAUCCGAAAAUAUAACAAAAAAAGUAUUUUGUCAUUUUAGUUGCUCACAGACACACACAAAAAAAAAAAAAAUCACUUCUGUUCGGAUUCUAAAACAGAAAAACAACAGAAUGCAGUUUAUAUAAUAUAUUAUAUUAUGCUGUCGGUAUCAAAUCCAUUAUCUUUCAUAGCAUUCAUAACAAAUACCUAACACAACACACUAAACAAAGAGGUCAGUAAAUAAUAAAUGUUGUAAGCUUUCGUUGUAUUUUAAAAUUGUGUAUAUUAUUAUUCGUGUUAACAAAGUACUGGCAAUAUUGAUUUUCUUCAUUUCUCAUCGAUCAAUAUAUGGUAUAAUAGCAUGAUAAAGAUAAUACAUUUUUAUAAAAGCAAUAUAGAAUGCUGGCAUACCUUUUUAUUUUUUGCAUGAUUUUACUAUGAGCGUUUGUUUCAUUAGUCACCGUAAGCAAUUAUAAAUGUGAUAAUCUUUAUUUUUGGUUUUUGUUUUUUAUUAGGCAUUUGGUUUAUUUCAUUGUUGUUUUCGAAAAAAAAUAUCAUGUCCAUUGUAACAGUGAUAAUAUAGCACAUAAUAUAGUCAUAUGUUUGUAAUAAUACUUCACACGAUUUUACUAUUGUACGAAAAGUUAUUAAUUUUAUGAUGUCGCGUUAAGUGUACAACAUUAACUGAGCUGUAGCACGAUUGCCCGUAUCCAGUUAAGUGUCUAUAAAGUUUAAAUAUGGGAGUUUAAACUCCGUUCCCUAACCGGUUUGGUAUAAAUUAUAUUUUAUGAAUGAAACACAUAGCGACUGUAUAUUUUAAACUUGUAUUCAAAUACCUGUUAAUAAUGGUCAUUUAUUGAGUAUAAUUAAUUAAAUAAUUUAAAAUAAAUACAUAUUGUAAAAAAAAAAAAAUUAGUAAACCAAAAAUAAAAUUUAAAAAAUAUCCUGUUUAAAAUAUUUUCCAUUAGUCCCGCGAUGUUAGUCGCGUGUCACACAGAGGUUAUUCUAAGUAUUUCUUCCUACUACUCAAAAACCAAAUGCCUCCCUAAAAUAAAUGCCAGUAGCAUAAGUAAUAAGUAGCAUAAAAACCUCUAAAAUUUUAACAAUUUUCGUAUUAUUAUACGAUGAGACAUGGUAUAAUAGAUACACAAUUCGCAACUGAUGUGGAUAUUGUAUUAUUAUUUUUGUAAUUAUCUACACAAUACACAUAUAUAUUGCUAUAGAACUAAAUUUUGUAACUACUUUUUAAUUUUUGAAUAUAUAUUUCGUUCGUACAAAAUUUUAGAGCCUUUUUGCACUUUCGACAUUUUCUUAUAAACGGAGAUAUAGACUUUAGUUUUGGGGUGUUCUUCUACUAGUCCUAAUUAUAAGCCGUCAUAUAGGAUAUUUAUUAUUGAAAGAUCAAAGUGUUUGUAAGGAUAUAGUAAUUUUAAAAAUUGAUACAUUUUUUUUUACUUAUUUUACAUCGGUUUUUUAUAUUCUAAUAACAUAUGACACGUUGCUAUGAAAUAUAAAUAAAGAGUUUUUAAAACUUGAAAAAUGUUCAAGGACUUUUCAUGUAGUCUAAUUUUUUGCAUUGCAUUAUUCCAACGUUUCACAACUAAGAAUUUCGAAACUAGCUGGUGCAUUAAGUAUGAUAUUUUUGAUAUUUUUUUUGUUAUUUUCUUAAUAAUUGGGGAAAAAAAUAGAAAAGUUUACUGAAAUAAUGAUUUCAUUAUUAGAUACGGAUUGUGGCGUUAAUAUGGUGUGUUUUUUUUUGUUUCCAUAGUUUUUUUAAUAAUUACGAAAAAACGGGGAAAAAAAUGUAUAAAAUACGACAAAGUAUACGGCAUUUGAUUUUUGUUGUUGUUAUUCCGUUGAAAAUUAUUGUAGAGACCUGAAAUUUAUACAGAAUAUUUAUAUUGGCCUUUUAUAGACAUAAUAAAAUUUUCAAAAUAUUCUAACUGUUUUUACACUAUUUAUAGAUAUUUGAUAUUUUCAUAUUUUUAUUUGGUAGAUACCUAUUAACCUGUUAAUUAAAAUUAUAUGACUUAGAUAAACGCUUGAAAAUUGAACAAAAGUUACGUCAUAAGUUGUACUUAGUGGUAUAAUAAAUAAAUUUGAGUUUAAUGCGUUAGUUUUUUCAUAAGCGUUUUAAGAUCAAAUUUGGUCGAAAAUUGUAAAAAUUACGGCAUUUAAAAAUGUACCUUAUCGAACUUCGUUCCAAUUUGUUUUUCGUCAGUAGUGGUUUACAGUUGCGUUUAGAUAUAAAUUAAAUAACCUUAUGUAUCCUACCUUCCUAACUUUUCAACUACAACAGUGGUUGCACCCGUUCCCAGUAUCAGCUCUUUUUAAUUUUGUUUAUUUUUAAUUAAAAUAGCUUCUAUUUUUUUAACUUCCCACACGCGUAAUCAGUAUCAGCUUUAUCUUAUUUUAAUAAUAGUUAAAGAGUUUUGCUUAAUUUUAACGUUUUCAAAGUUUUCAUUUGUGUGUGCGUAUGUACCUUAUGGUUUUCAAACGCUUAUUUUGACGGUUUAAAUAAUGCAGCUUAACAACUGCUAUGAAUCUCGAAUCGUGCAGACUACCAUCCUUAUGAUAACAAGUAAUAAUAUCAAGAGCCUGCUGCAACUUUGUAAUAAAAUAUUAUAUAGUGUGUGGUUGUCUUUAGAACAGGCACGCGCACGUUUUGGCGGGAGUUUCGGCGACACUCACAUUGCACACAUGCGCACAGUAACAAGCAGGUACAACACUCUUCUACGGACACGCACACGUCUUUUCGUGACGUAUCUGAAACACAUGCACAUACACACACACACACACACACACGAGUAUCAUCGUGUAUAGUACGUCUUUUACCGCGAUGUGUUGGUAAUACUGUGCACCGGUAAUAUACUAUUAUAAUAAUAUUGUAUAUAGUCUUUAAAUUAUAGUAUCUAUACAAUAAAUGUGUUUUUAGUGACCUCUCAUCGUGUUAUCACAAAUACACACACCCGCCACGUCCCGGACUCCCUGGUACCGCACGCGAAUUAUUGGUCAUGAACUUGACCUGAUUUCGUCGAUUUUGCGGGGACGAUCGGAAAAUAUUGUACUAUACAUAAAAUAUUAUCGUACUCUUAGUUUAUAAUACGUUUAUCCACGACCGGAUCGUGCGCGCGCAGUCGUGACCGUCGUUCCGCAGUCAGAGGUGCGCGAAAUCGAUUACUGCUCUUUAAUUUGCCGACAGCGGAACGGACGAUCAGACCGUCCAGCCCUCGCUCUGCAGUGCGCCUACCGCAUUCACGUGAAUCGUUAUAAUACGUGUUCGAAUAAAGUUGUUGUUUUGUAAUAAAUUGUCGUCGUUCUUGCGAGGCAAACUGGGAACGACGAUCACGCACGCUCCCAUUCCCGGGAUUAUCGAAACGGAAUCCAGUCCGACAACGUUACGAGGUGACUUUGUAUAGCAUUUUUUUUUUUAUUUAAAGGGCGUCUAAUACCUCUGUGAUAUUCUAUGAGAGUAGAACGUCAAACUCUGAAUCUCUGACUUUUCAUCUCUGAAUGUCUGUACCCAAUUGGAACCAGCAAAAAUGGAUUUCCGAGCUUCUGAUGAUCAGUAUUGGAUACUGAGACUAUACGUUGGUCGUCCAUGUACUUGAUCUAAUAAACCUCAGGUUUAUUACACUCUACACUAAAUAUUUUCUGAACAGUUUUUCGAAAUCUUAAUUUGCCGAAUUUAUGAUUUUUUUUUUUAAUUUCAAAAAAGCAAAUGUCCAAACAUAAAUAAAAUCCAUUUGAAAAAAAAUCUAAAAAAUAAACCGAUUCUAACGACAUUUAGUACAACUUUUCGUGUUUAUUUUAGUAUAAAAAUCAAGUUUAAAAUAUUUAAAAUACUAAAACACAUUUUUCUGUGUUGCCCAUUAGAUAGACAGAGACGGUAAAUGCAAGUUCGGUGACCUCUUAAACAUCAUAAACAAAUAAUUGUGAGUUAAAAAUCGUUUUUUUUCUAUCCCGGCUCACGUUCAUUGACCCGCCCAAAGAUUUGUUUAAUUUUUGUGUUCUCGUACUGAAAAAAAUAAAAAUUAUUUUUCACUUGUUUGAAGUUUUAUACAAAAAAAAAAAAAAAAAAACUUAAGGUGCAUAUUGUGAUAGAUACAUAUUAUAUGUUAUGUUUUAUGUACCCAUCACGAGAUCCGAGUACAUAUUGUUGAGAAUAGAUAUAAUAGAUAAUAUUUAUUUAUUGAGAAUAAAAACCACUGAUUGCAUGUGGUCGUAUACACAUAAUAUAUUAUUAUGAUAAGUGUGCUAAUAUAGUAUUUUAAAACAUGUCUUGUUUAACUUACACGUGGGGCACUUGUGGCUUAUUAUGAUUCAAUUGCCGUCUUUUUCAUUUUAUUAUAUAAUAAUUAAUAUAUACUUUUUUUUAUGUAUUCAUGGAAUCUAGGUAAAAUUAUCCGGAUCUAUAAUAUACGAAGAAAAAAUAACUAAGGAAAAAUAUCAAAGUUUAAACGUAUAAUAAUUAAUAAAUAAUCAUUUUAUUCAUAUAAACAUACAUACAUAUAUAUAUAACAAAAGAGAGAUAUUGUUUUGAUAUUUCGACAUUUUUACUGACGAAUGUGAUUUUUAAAUAUUGUAAUUUUGUAUUAUAAAUUAAAUUGUAACUGAGUUGUCAAGAAUUAUAUUGGAUGUAUAUGGAUAUGUAUAAUGUACAUAUGAAUAUGUACAUAUUGUUUAUUAAUUAUUUAUAUACUUUAAUACUUUUUCCUCGUAUAUAUUUUUCACUUCUAUAUUUUUUCCGCCUGGAUAUUUUUUCCUCGGAUGCUAUAGAAACGGAUAUCUUUACCAGUUACCAUAUUCAUGAAAUAAUCGAUGGAAUUUUACAGCGUUCCAUCUAAUUCUCUGCAUAUAUUACUAUAUAUGACACUAUAGUUCUACCUACUAACAUACCAUAAGUGGCGGACAAAGAAUAUUUCGGAGGGGAGGGAUUUAUAAAAUACAAAUUAAUAACGUUAGUUUUUAAUAAUUUUUCGUUAUAUUUAUAUUGGUUCUGUGUUUGAAAUACGAAAUGUCAUAAUUUUUGGGGGGAUAAGGUUUAACUUCCAAAAUCCCCCUAUGUUCGUCCACUGAUUCUUCGUAAGGAUUAAAAACUUAAAAAACCUUAAAAAGGCUUCAAAACAUUUGAGCCAUUUUUGAGCUAUUUAUAGACAUUUUAAUUUUGGGCAUUUUUUCGUAAUUUUAGAUUCUGAGCCUAGUUAAGAAGGUAAUGGUUAUACAAAUAUCUUUUUUUUUGGUUCUGUGAACAACUUUUAUACUAGAAAUCUUGCUCUGAUUUUUAUGUGUAACACCUUUUCUGAAAGGAAAUCGGUGUGGGGAGGUACUUUAAGGAAGUCAAUUUUCGAUUUUCUUAAGAAUUUUCUCAUCAAAUGUGAAAAACAGAAAAAAAAAACUAAAGAAAAGAGGAAAAACUGGAAAAUAUGCGAAAUAUAUUUUUAUAAUAUUACGAUUUUUACAUUGAUAGAAAUUUUUCCAAAAAUAAAUUUCACUGGGGUACUUUAGAGAAAUCGUUUAUCGAUUUUCUCCUUAGUUUUCUCAAUAAAUGUUAAAAACCGAAAAAAAACAUGGGAAAACCAGGAAAAUCGGUACAACAUAAAACAAAUAUUAUUAAAAAAAAAAUAUAUAAAGCCCAUUUUUAAUUAUUUUACUAUAAUAUGGCAUACAUGUUGUUGACAAAACAUCACUAUCAACUGAACUCCGCUCAGAAUUGUUUUUUCGUAAGCAAUGGUUUAUCGUUGCUUAUAGAUAUACAUUAAAUUUCCGCCUACCUUUUCAACUUCUUACCUACAACAGUAGCCGCUCCCAUUUCCAAUAUCAGCUCUUUUUUUUUUAUUAGUAUUUUAAUAUCGAAUUUGCUGAAAAUCGUACAUAUUAGGGCCUGUUAAAACAUGUGUAACCAAAUUGUGUUCAAAAUUAUUUUUCGUUAGUAAUGACUAAUCGUUGUGUACAGAUAUACAUUAAAUUCCUCAUUUCUUACCUAUAGCCAAUGAGGGUAGCCCACCCAUUGUGUGAAGUAUGAUAGUUUUUUUUAUUUUUGCUUUACCAUUGGUUAGUUUAAACUAUAAUAUUACUUUUAAGUGUUACCGCAGUAAUGAUACUAUAGUCUUUAAUUAGUAUUAAUAAAUUAAUUUUGUUUAGCGGUCGUAUGAUCAAAAAACAAUAAAACUGUUGUAGAUAUGUUGCAGUUUGAUUAAUGAAACAAUGCAUGGCCUCACUAUGUUACUAUGUUUGUUAAUAAUUAUUUUUUUGAAUUGGAAGACAGCAAUUAUAAUAGAAAUUAUUAUUUCUGUUUGCAUGAAGCAUGAUAUUAUGCAAAAUUGAAUGAACAACUCCAUAUCUUUAUGCAACUAAUGGCUUGAUGAAAACUGUUUUUUAAGUUAUGUGUCUCAACCAAAGUUGAUGGGUGAAUCAUGGAUUGUAAGUGGUAAAAGUAAUCACGAAUUUGAAGCACGAAUUUAAGGGAGUAAACAGAUAAAUACUAUAGUACUAUAUACUCAUAUUUUUUACUUUUGAAUGUACACCACUGAACCCCCUACUACAUUUAUAACCUUUAGAUAUAACUACAUAAUUCAAGUAACAAUUUGAAAAAAAAUCUUGUAAAGGAGGAGGAGGUGAUCGCCACUUUAUCCCCUUCAAAAACGCUACUAGCUAGUAGUGUAAUUCCAAAAUCAUAGAACUACAGUGAGUUUGAAGUAAUAAUAGAGAAUUAAGUACUAAAUUGUUCGUAAAAGAGGUGCUGGUAGUAAGUAUUUCAAAUUAACUGAGCCUCACACUAACAAAAUUACGUAUAUGUGAUACAAGUGAAUAGUGAUAUAAUAAUUUAAUAACAUAAGAACUAAUUAACACUUUUUUUUUGAUUGGAAUCAAAAUUCAAUGAAAUUCAAAUUUUAGAUUCUGAGUGUAGCGAAUAGGUACAAAAGUUUUACCAGAAAUCUUGCUCUGAAGUAUUAAGUAUAGCACUUUUUCUGAAAAGAAAUUUUUCCUGGGGUGGUACUUUAGGUAGGUCAUUUUUGAUUUUCCCAGAAGUUUUCUCGAUAAAUAAGAAAAAAAAUGGGAAAAUUUAUAAAAUGUAAAAGUAUUAAUAAUAAAAAUAUUAAGACUUUUUUUUCCCAUAAACAACUUUUUACCAGAAAUUUUGUUCCAAUUCAUAAUGAGAACACUUUUUCUGAUAAGAAAUCUCACUGGGGUGGUACUUUAGGGAGAUCAUUAUUUGGUAUGGAAAGUUAAUUUAACGUUUAUAAAAGAUAAUGAUCUCGGUCUUUAUGUAAACAAAUAUUUUAUGCCCAAUUAAAGUUUUUUAGAAGAAACUAUAUGUAAAUUAUAUAAUUAUAAUUAAAUAUAUGGUAAUUUUUUUAGAAUAAAAACUAGUAAAAUUAGACAUUAACCUAUUAUAUUUUUUAAUUGAUUUUUAUACAAAUUAAAUGAUUUUUAUCACAUUUCAGUGUUAUUUUUGUUUAUAUUGUUUUAAAAAUUCGAGCCCUACUAAAAAUAAUUAGCUAUAAUUUUUUACUGUCCUAGCAAAAAAAAAAUAAAAUAAAUUUUGACGAUUAUAGUUCCUUAUAUAGGGUUUAUACAAUAUUUUUUGAAUAAACAUAGUCAACUAUUGGACAAUAGACAAAAUUACAAACAUGAUAAACUAAGAAUGUUAAUUGGGUUUUUUUUAAUAUAGGCAACGAUAUGGCCAGUACCAUACAAGCGCUUUGGCGUGAUGCGGAUGCAGUCUGUUUCGACGUCGAUUCUACGGUUAUUCAGGAAGAAGCAAUUGACGAAGUGGCUAAGUUUUGCAAUAAAGGACCAGAAGUUAAAGAGCUGUAAGGAAAUAAAUACAUAUUAUUAUUACUUAUUCAUAAAAUAUAUUUCAAUAUUUAUUGUAGUUUUAUUAAUGUAUUUUUUGCUAUUUGGUACGAUGACUGUUGACAAUGUUAAUUAUAAAUUAAAGGAGUCAAUGGAAAAAGAAAUUAACUAACUUUUUUAAAAAUGAUAUUAUUUCAUGAAUCGGCCUGUUUCGACGUAUAUACUGAUGUAUACAAAAUCUCUGAACAAAAAAAAAAACAUAUUUAUGGCGCUUUUCGAUUGAUACAGGUGAUGUUAUGUUACGUAUUAUAAUUUUUAGUUUUAAUUUAUAGAUAAAGAUAUUACAGUAUGUCAACGCCAUUUUCAAGUUAGAUUAGUAUAUGUUAACAUCGAUUACUGUUUAUUGUUUUUUUCCUGUGGAUGAAGGCAUUCAAUUUUUCGUUUCAAAUCACCCUUCUGAACAAUUUUAAAAAUGUUAGAAAACACAUUUAUCAUUUGUCCCCUUUAAUUGCUAAUUGUAUAAUAAUAUGGUGUGAUGGUGUGAUGGUGUAGGCAAUUUAAAAUUAAUAAUCAUUAAUUAGGCUAUUUAAAAUUAAUUGUUAGUGAUGUAUGGUGUGAUCUGAACUCUAUAAGAAUGAAUGACUAGUUUGUAAUGUUAUUAUUUUUAAAUUAUGAUUCGUGUGUCCGGAAAACUCGAGAUACGACCGGCACUCGAAUACGACUCGUAGACAUAAACUUGAAAUAGUAACCAAGGUCACGUUUAAACUACAGAUAAAAAAACACAACUAUAGGUUACUAUACAAUAUAUUAGUAAUAACAGUUCUGAUUUCAAUACACUGUGGGGUAUUUCAAUGGUGUUGCAAAUUUUAUUUUAUAAGUUGCUAACAAAUGUAUUUUUUGACAUGAGUGUUUGAAAAAAAUAUUUGAAUAUAAUUUUCUUAUUUUUACGAUCCCAUUAUAGGAAAUGGAAAUAUGAAAUCAGUAUACGGAAAAUUAGAAAUGACAAAUGUGUGCACUGUGUAUAUAUGCAAGUUCUAUACUAGUUUUAGUAAUUAUCCACAUAAUAUACGUACGUAGUUACGUAGGUUAGGUUAGGUACCUGUACAUAUUUUUUAUUAUUAUAAUUUAUACCGGAUUUAGGUGUAGGUGGGAAGUACAUUGUUCCGCCGAAUUUUUCCUAAACUAUACAAUUUAUGUCUGCUACGUAGUAUAUAACCUAAAACGAAUUCGAUAUAAUUCAAUUCAAUUAAUAUAAGUACUUAUAUAAAUAUCUAAUGCGAAAAUAAUUUUCAUGAAUAUAUUAUACUAGUAUCGACGGUAUCUCAUCAUUAAUUAUAGUGAUAACCUAAACCAUGCACCGCAAUUUAACCUGUAAACGUAUAACAUAAACCUAUAAUCGUUUUAUAAUUACUUUGGUUAUGUUUGAGUGUUUGACGUUUUUAUCAUGAAAACAGAUUAAAUUUUCGGGUUUUUCACCAUAUACCUAUAAUUAGAGUUUUUUUUUUUUUUUAAAAAAACUAUAGAAUGAAUUAAUGAUAACGAAUAUUGUGAAUUCGUAAGCACAAAAUUAAUUAGAUUAAUUAAUUCAAAAUGCGAUUACUUCACUCGCAAAAAACUCUUUUAUAAGGUUCUUAAAAGAUAUAUUCACAAAUCCGCAAACUUUAGAAAAAUAAUUUUUUUGUAACUCAGUUUUGUACAUUUUUAUUUUUGCAUCUAAGUAUUAAAAACCAUUUCACAAAUAAAAUUUAACUUAAUCAAUUUUUUAACUAAUUUUUCACUAUCUAAAUGAAACUUGUAAAGUGAUAAACUCACACCUAUAACGUCCCCCCAAAAAAUAAUAAUUACAUAAUUUAAUAUAAAAUCCGUUAUUGAAUACAAAAGAAUGUAAUUAUGAAAUGAAAAAAUGUAUUAAAAUAAUAUUUAUUUUUUAAAAAAUAAAUGUUUUUUUUUUUUUUGAAACCUUUUUAGAUGGGUGGUAUAACAAAAAAAAAACAAACCUUGUAAUGAGCGAUAAUAUGCAAUUUUAAUCACAUAAAAGAUAAUGUAUUUUAACCAAUACGUGGUAAUAACCAAUCCUAUUUAACCCAUUUGUUACACAGUUCCAACUUGAAACUUAUAGAUAAUUGAUAAAUGUCGUAAAUGUAUUAAAAAAUUAUACAGAAUAUAUAUUGCUUAAUUUUUAAAUCUAUGUAUGAAUGCCCAGAAUAUACAUGAGUAGAGUAUACCUGUAUUGUUUACAAGUUAUAGGUAUAUAUAUAUAUAUAAAUAAGGUAUAUGAUCGUACACGUGCGUAUUUGUAUUAUUUGUAAAGGGUAUACGGUAUACCCUAAUUCACCGGAUUGUAAAUGGGUAUACUCUGUAUACCCUUAUACCAUCCAAAAUACCGCUGUCUAUAGUUCUACAGUAUCAACUAAUAACUAUAAUUAAUGCUAAUAACUUUUCAAUACGUACGAAUCCAAUGGUACAUUUCAAAUUUAUUGAGCUAACAUGACGUUAUUAGCAUGUCUAAAAUAAUAUUAGAAACUAAUCUGAGCCUGUUAGUCCUAACCUAUUAACCUAAUAUCUAACCAAUUACCUUAUAUAUAAUAAAUAUAUAUACAUAUAUACAUCAUACCUAAUACCUAUAUUAUAUACUAACUAGGUAAUCGACUCUCGUAUUACUAAAAUACAAUUCGUGAUGCCCGUCUAUCAUAUGUCAAGCCUUAAAAAAUGCAAAUAAACCUUGGAUAAGAUGGGAGUACAAUUUAUUAUACAGACUAAAAUUAUACAAAAAUGUUGGUACGUAAUGGUGUGUCAGCAUCAUUUAUGAAAUUGGAGUUGGUUUUCUAUAUUAUUAGUCGUAAAAUCUAUGAACCUGACUUACUCGCUUUUCCGCUUUGGUAUAGCUUUGUAGGUUAUUUUGGUAUUCAUUUGAUAUUAUCCAUACAGUCAAAUUGACCUAACUAUCUAUGACGGCUUCAUCAUUAUUCAUUAGAAUUAUCUGUUUCCGAGGAUUUAUCAUUUUAAUGGUAUAGCGUGACAAUUAUCAUUAUUGCCUAUAUGUGAUAAAAAGUUCUACGAAGAUAGAUAUAAGUUUUUUUUAUGUCGUUUAUGCGGUGAUAAUAAUUCUACGUAAAGAUCUUGCAGAUUUAGACAACAUUUGAUAUUUUAUUGUUUUUUUUUUUUUUUUAGAUUUUGAAUACAGCGAAAAAUAUAUUAGUUUCACUAUAAGUUUAUUUCAGUCUAAACAUUUCUACCAGGAAUUUUGCUCCGAUUUUCAAAUAUAUCAUAUUUCCUGAAAGAAAAUGUUUUCUUGUUUGUGUAUUUUUUAAUAAUUGGAUAAAUAAGAAAUUUUAUGGCAAUAACCAUUUCAUCAUUUUCGGUUUUGUUUUUGUUUUAACAUGUUCUAAAUAUUCUGGAGAAUUUUUGGAUAUUUAUAAGCAUUUGGUAUUUUCGAGUUUUUACAUGUAAUUGCAAAAAUUAUUUUUACAAUGUACCUAACAGAAUUCCGUGCUCAUGAAUUCGAAUAUUUGGCAUUUAUUUUCAACAUCUAUAGGUUAAGGGCCACCUUAAUAUACUUAUAAUACGCACAAUGUCAUCAUUAUAGUUUAGAAAUAGAACGUUGAUAUGUUUCAAUAUUUUUAAAAAUUAUUUUGACGUUUUUACGAGUUUUCAAAAAAAAAAAAAAAAAAAUAGAAAACAUUGUUCAUUUCGGAUAUUUUAAUAUUGUGAAAUGUAAUCAAUUUCAAAAUAUUGAAAUAUUGAUAUAUAUUAUAUUAUAUAUUAAUAUAUAAUCCUGAAAACGUGACAAUUUAAUUGGUUAUUUAUACGUUGGUAAUAUUUCCUACGUAAUAUUUUAGAUGGAUGUCCUGUGCAGAAACGUGACGUAACUACAAGAGAAUAAACCCAAAAAAAUAUUUUAAUAUUAAUUUUGAUUGCUACAUUACUAAGAUAAAAACGUUGGUUUUCAAUGGAUUAAUAUACCAUCAUUUGUGUCGUAGAAAUAGCUGAGGUUAAUAUAAUAUUAAUCUUUAUUUUUUUAUUUAAACAUUAUCAUUGCUUAAAAAUUACAUAGUACCUAAUGUAAAUCAAAAUCUAAAAAAAAAGUAUACAUAUGGAAGCAAUCAUAAAAUAUAGUUUUAGAUAAAAUGUUAGGUAUGUAUGUAUUAUAUUGUAUGGGUAUUAAAACGGUAAAUCAUAGAUAAUAUUCGAGGGGUUUUAUAUAAUUGUGUUAGGUAAUCUAUACAAAAAAUGAUUAUUUUUUAGGUCGAAUAAACACUGUUAGGCAAGUUACUCAACUUAAGUCACUAAGUUAGUUACAGUUUUUUCCCUUAAUUAAGUAACUUAAUUAAUUUACAAGUUCCUAAACAAAUAAAUUAACUCGUUAAAUUUUUAUUUUUAAAGUUAUUUUUUAAUAGGUAAGACAACCUUCAUAAAUUGAUAGAAACGGAUUUUCCAUAGUAACAAAAUGUUAUCACAAUGUAUUUUUUUUGUUCAUCAAGAUAUAGGUACCCCCAGGAAAAAAAAUGUCAACAUGUUUGAUUUUCAUUAAUCUAUUGAUGAGAUAUUCCUCUUUUAAGUUUAGGUAGGGGAGAGUAGUGGAGUAUCAUUUGUGUGGCGGAACAGUACGCGGUGUUUUAUUAAUGCUCUACUACUCUCCCCUACCUAUAAACUUAUAAGUGAAAUAUCUCGUAAACGGGUUAACAGAAAUCAACAAUUUUAACACCAAAAUUUAUUUAAAGUAGUACUCCGUCUAUUCAUGGAAUUUUUAAUAUAGGUUCUCAUUUGAAAAAACAAAGUUGGUAUCGCCACAGGAUAUUCCUUAAGUGUUGUGAAAAAUCUAAGUAGUAAGUAUUUGACAAUUUCUGCUUUAACUACACUUAAAAAUUCCAAAAAUCAGAAUUUGAACAUAUGUAAAAUUUAACCAAAAAACAGAGUGAGCACACUUAGUGAAUCACUCUGUAUGUUUUCAAGUAUUGUGGCUACAAUACCUAAUACCUAGUUGUUAUGGAUAAUGGUAGUCAGUGCCACGAUUUUUUUUUAAUAAUUAAUAACCAAUGUUUAUACGUUUUAAUAGUGUAAUAAUAAUUAUUACCUAUACAUUUUUCACAAAUUAUUUGUUCAAAUUGUACAUAUAUGCAUUAUGUUUUAAAAUUAAAUUUAGCGCGAAAAUAGUAGGAAGGGGCUUAGUCCUCAAAACUCAAUCAAGCCCCUUUCAAAUAAACUCCUUACCAAAUAAAUAUUAAGUAUGCAUAAUCAAUAUAUUCCGUUCACCAGCGCAACUACCCGUUUCGAGUAUUGAAUAUAAUAUCCCUUGUAAUUAGUUUUGUACGCAUGUAUUUUACAGAACAAGCAGUGCGAUGUCGGGUAAUAUGGACUUCCGGGAAGCACUGUCUGCUCGACUUCAAAUAAUCAAACCGUCGUUGCAUCAAAUUCGAGAUUUCAUCAAACACCAUCCGUUCAACUUGACUCCGGGCAUAAGGUAAAUUGAAAUGAUUAAUAGUAAAUAACCAUAAUAUACAUAUAUACCACAAUACCACACUUAUAUUUCAUAUUAUUAAAUCUGUUUAAGAACUGUAUGAAAAAUAUAAUUUGUUAUAUAGGGAAUUAAUCGAAUUAUUGCAACAUAAGAACGUACCCGUGUACUUGAUAUCCGGUGGAUUUCGCGGCCUCAUCGGACCGAUAGCUAUCGAACUGAGCAUUCCUCUGCAACACAUUUAUGCUAAUAAGUUAAAAUUUUUUUUAAACGGUAAGUGCAUUAAAUAUUUUUGGUUUAUUUAUUCGAAAAAAAAUGUGUACAAUAUUUGUUAUAAAUAUCACGAAACGUAACUUGAGUUUGAAUAUUUUAAAAUAUCUUAAAAUAUUUUAUCAAUGUCUUAAACAUAUUUUUAAUUAGAUACAUCAAAGUUUUUAGUUUCUUAUAAUGAUUAGCAAUAUCCACACAGACUAUUUUAAACGAUUUAAAUGAAUUUAUUUUUGGGUUGCAUUUUUCCAUUUAUGAGUUUUUUGAAGUUCUAUUAUUUAUACUGUAUGUUUAUUGAUACAGUUUUAAAUUUAGUGUAGUAUGCAUUUAAUUAUAAAGUUAUCACAUUUGUAUGAAUAACGUUAUACUUUAUUCACGAUAUAAUUGAUCCGCUUUCACACAGGCAGAUUGAGCCGUUUAGCCAGUCCAACCCAUAGAUAACAGAAAUAGAUAGGACAUGCACAUACUAGUCUCAAAAGAGGCACAGUCCACAGAGACGAAUUAUCAAACCGAUUGUAUUGUGUGCGCUCUUAGCUCGUAUAAAUCGCCUUGAUUUCUUAUCAUUCAAGAACCAAACAUUUUAGACUAAAAUGUAUUCAUUAUAUUUUUAUUUAUGAUUCAAACUCUCUCUAUUUCUUGAUGAGAUUACAGGGGACAAGCGCGACUGGUGGCCGUAGUCAAUGGCGUUUUUGUCAUGGGCUGUUUAAUCUUCUUCUAAAUAAAAUAUAAAUUAUUAAAACAUUAAAUUAUCAACUUAUAAUAAUAGUAUUUAAUCUAGGCUUAAAAAUUACGAUUAGGUACUUAUUGAAUUGUAUGUAUAGGUGAAUAUGCUGGAUUUGACGAGAAAGAACCAACAUCAAAAAAUGGCGGUAAAGCUGAAGUAAUAAAAAGUUUAAAAGAAAAAUAUGGUUAUACCAAGCUUUUUAUGAUUGGAGAUGGAAUUACUGAUUUGGAAGCGUGUCCACCAGCAGAUGCAUUCAUCGGUGAGUAUCUCAACAUCAUCAUAGUAGUUAAUUAGUUUUUCAAAAAAAAAACAUCCAUCUGCAUUUGUGUGAUUGUACCAUUUGAAAUUGAUAAAUAUUAAUAUUGUAUUACUGUAAUUAGGGUUUGGUGGUAAUGUUGUUCGCAAAGAAGUCAAGUCUAAAUCACAGUGGUAUGUUGAAAGUUUUCAAGAACUUAUUGAUGCCUUGUUAUAAUCGUCCAAGAUUCUAAGCUCUAAGACAGCACAAAGUUCUAUCAUAAUCAUUAAUAUGUUUACUGUGGUUGUACAAGUAUAUAAAAACUGUGUUGUGACUGUGAAGUGUUAAACUAAUAAAUUUGCUGUAAUUUAAAGAAGCAAUACUAUUAUGUUUUAAUACCUAUUAUUAUAUUGUGCGUGUAUUUACUUCAUGUGAUUAUUCUUUUUUUUUUUAAAUUUGUAUUAUGAUUGUAAUAUGAAUACUUAUGUGGUCCAAUGUCUAGUAAUUUGCCAACCUCUAGCCAUUGUCCCAUUGGUGCUCUAAAGUAUUAGGUACAUAUACUUUUAAUGGUUUUUAAUAUUUUAGAUUGAAUACAAAUUGUUAACCAUUAAAUAUAAAAUAAUUAUACUUAAUACUUUAUUGAUACCUAUUACGUAUUCAUAAUAUGUUGUUCAUUGUUGUUUAUUAUAUAUGAGUACAAAAACAAAUACAGUUAUAAAAUAUUUAACAACAAUUAUUUUCUAUCUAC